AUGCACUUCUCCGCCGUCCUCCUCGCCGCCACCGCCGGCCUUGUCUCCGCUCAGAAGUUUGGACUUAUCGCCAUCCACUCUGGAUCCGAUGUCCAGAACUCUGCCAUCAACUCCAACGGUAACCAGCUCGUUAUUGGAGGAGGUGAGCCCACCACCUACGAGGUGAAGGACCGUGGCCUCUACGCCAACGGUAAGCCCGUUGAGUUUGGCCAGUACGCUUUCAUUGAGGAGACAGACGGCCAGGCCACCCGAGAUAUCAUUGUGAACGGUCAGGACCACCUCUACGUUCCCCGAUUCGACUUUGUUGCCUGCCCCGACGGAAAGAACGGCUACGUUCUUGCAAACCAGGAUGCUUGCGCUAACGGUGCCAUUGGAAUCGUAGCCCGAGCCGUCUACUCCGAUGGUGAGUCUGCUGCUGCCAACUCCAGCCCCGCAGCCGAGGCCACUAAGUCCGCUGUUGUCACUUCCAAGUCUACUGUCCAGGUCACCAUCACCUCUUGUGCUGAUGACAAGUGCCACAAGGAGACCGCCGCUGCUGCUUCUCCCGCACCUGCCCCCGCCAAGACCACUCCCGGUGCUAUUGUCUCUCAGAUCGGUGAUGGCCAGAUCCAGGCUCCUCCCUCCACUCAGCCCGCCCAGGCCAACGGUGCCGCUGCUAUGGGUGUCUCCGCUGUCGCUGGUGUCGUCGUUGCUGCCGCCAUGCUUUUCUAA